AUGUGUCUCAGGGCUCUUGGAUUUGUCUUUGUUUUGUUUCCUGGAUUGCUUCAAGGUAAGAUUUCAGCACAGGGUUGUGAUGCUCCCAGACUGGUUCAUGGUAACUUUCUCCCCAGACAAGAGACUUACUCUGACAGAGCCACGAUCACUUAUUCCUGUGAUAACGGAUAUAAACCUGUAGUGGAGGGUUGGUGGGCAACCAGUACCUGUGAACGUGGGAAAUGGUCUCAUGAACCACAAUGUAUAGAUGAAAGCGCCUGUUUUCCACCAACUAUUCCCAAUGGAAAGUACCCUGAAAACUCAAACGGCUGGUAUGAGGAUGGAAGUACACUAAGGAUAACAUGCAAUGGAGGAUUUGAGCACCAAAACCAGUUCACCACCACUACCUGUGGAAAUGGAAAAUGGUCCUCUGCACCAGUCUGUGAGAGAAGUAUGAGUGCAUGCAGUGCACCUCCUAAAAUCUCCCAUGCAGUCAUCAUUAAUCAGAGGUACCAGGAAGUGUUUGCAGCAGGUUCAGAAGUGCAGUAUGAGUGUGAAGACGGAUACACUGCACACACCGAGAAAUCUGUUUGUAUACAGGGAAACUGGACACCAGUGCCAACAUGCAGUAAGCUGACAGUUUAA